UUGAACGCAGACGCAACCGCAAACGCGUGUUGAAAAAAGAGGCCUUUAUUCGGCGUUAACCAUAUGCUUACAAAGCGGAAUGAGGAUGCAGAGCCAUUGGGUAUCCAUAGAUUUACUGGGUUUCUAACAUUUUUUUUAACCAGGUGGUUCAUCCGAAUUAUUCCGGAGUAGGUUUUACUUCAUCGGCCAUGGGCUUUGGAUGGCCGGUCCUUAUCAAUUUCACAUUUAAGCAAUCAAUCCCUUUUCUUUCCUUGCCAUCUAUCUGUGUGAGUAGGUAGGCUUAUUUGUUCCGUUGAGGUGGGGUCGGUUGGGUUCGGGUUGCUGCUUGCUUAAUUCAACACCACUGCAGCGGAAAUGUUCUCAAUUCACUGGGUACUUUAUUAGACAGAGGAGAACAUAAAUAGAAUAGCUGUACAGUUUGCAGGGGAAACAGUAGAAUAGAAUAAUAGCAUGGGGGCUACUCAUCAGAAGCAGAAUGGGAGCUGGAGAAGAGGGUAUCGGUGUUCUGCAGUGUUGAUGUUGAUUAUGCAGUUUUUGUUAUCAUGGCCGUUGGAAGCGUUCAGACCUCUCACAGACACUUCAUGGGGAGACCAGCAUCUUUUUAGUGACAGAAUUGAAAAUGCUUUGGGGCCAUUUUCAAUGUGGAAUAUAUCUGGUACCUACAGAGGAACUUGGGGAUUCCAAGAGGCAAAAAAUGGUUCAUCCAGAUUGCCAAACUUCAGGAAAUCUAGUGGCCAGUCUGUUUUUGAGUUGGUUAGUUCUCCUACAAAAAUAUAUGGUGUACAUUAUGUCCAAGGAGCCAUUGUUUUCAAGGACGGCUCAUAUAUAGAUGAACAUGAUUCUCAGAUAAUACAAAUGCGCAUGGAAGGAGUAUACAUAUGGCCAUUUAGACAACUUCGGAUGGUGGCCAAUAGUGGAACAGAUGGGGAUAACAACCAAGAAGAACUUAUUCUAUCUAGCCCAUAUCAUAUGCUUGGAAUAUUUUCCUCACAAGUCUUGCAAGAGUCUCCAAGGGACCAGUUUAGAAGGAAGGGAAACAAUGAUGUUAUUGCUGACAUGGAGAGGCAUUGUAACUUACAGAUUGCAGCACAUAUUUCACAGAUUUCUACCAAUCAAAAGAAUGAAGAACACGAGCACUAUCAUAUGGAAGGAGUUGUUGAAAGCCCAAUGAUUGAUGAUGAUGGGGAAUGCUUUUCACCUAUUAUUUUGAAUGCCACCUCGAUAAACGUUGAAGUUUACUAUAAUAAAGCUGUCAAUUAUACACUUAUGGUUACUUUUGUUUCAUUUUUACAAGUUCUCUUACUGAUCCGUCAAAUGGAGCAUAGCAACACACAGUCGGGGGCAGCCAAGGUCUCCUUGCUCAUGAUAGGACAACAAGCGAUCAUGGAUGCAUACCUUUGCCUUUUACAUUUGACAGCUGGGAUUUUAGUUGAAUCUCUAUUUAAUGCAUUUGCAACAGCAGCUUUUUUCAAGUUUGUGGUAUUUUCUAUUUUUGAGAUGAGAUAUCUUCUUGCAAUUUGGAAAGCACGAAGACCAAUGAAUACUGGUGAAGUUUGGGAGACAAUGAGGCGUGAACUAUCUGUUCUUUACAGUCAUUUCUAUGGUGUUCUUUUAGGAGGUAUCAUUAUCAUGUAUGAAUUUCACACAUUCUUGCGCUCCAUUCUGCUUGUUUUGUACUCAUUUUGGCUUCCUCAAAUAAUUACAAAUAUUAUUCGUGAUACGAGAAAGCCACUACAUCCUCAUUAUAUUGUGGGGAUGACACUCACUCGAUUGGCAGUUCCACUUUAUGCCUUUGGGUGCCCAAGGAAUUUCAUGCGAGUUGACAUUGAUAUAAAGUGGUGUAUCUGUUUGACAAUAUUCUUAGGCUUUCAAGCCUUAAUUCUCCUCCUUCAGCAUUACUUGGGAGCUCGUUGGUUCAUUCCUCGCCAGAUCCUACCAGAGAAGUACAGCUACUUCCGGAGAGCUGACCGGGACAGUAAUCAUGUCGUUGAUUGUGUGAUAUGUAUGGCUGCUGUUGAUACUGUGCAGCGGGCAAGUGAAUGCAUGAUAACUCCUUGUGACCAUUUCUUCCAUGCUGGAUGCUUGCAAAGAUGGAUGGAUAUAAAAAUGGAAUGCCCUACAUGUCGUCGGCCAUUGCCUCCGGUGUAAAAUUCCCUCCAUGCAUUUUUUUUGUGUUUACAAGUUACAACUAACGUAUAGUUGGACAACUGCAGACCAAAUAACCAAAUUUGUUUAAAUGGUAUGAAUACCAGGAGGAACUAUCUUGUAUUUUUGUACAACCUUGACAUGAAAUAGUUCACAAAUUUUCUGGUUGCAACUUCUCCCACACUAAGAAGCAGAAGUGGGGUUCAUUGUAACAAUUUCUGUCUUUUUGUCAGCAAAGAGUUAAUGUAAAAUUUAAACAUUUGAAAAAUUUCAUGUGCAUGUUUACAUGUCAUUGAAUAAGGAACAGUUUUCUUUCGAUUUUGUAUCACUUGCAAAUAUGAAGAAGAAAAAUGGGCAUCAGAUAAGAUGCCUUUCUUGUUAUCAUUAAUAUUGUAAUAAGUUCAUAAUAUCCGUGUGAUAUACUAAAUCAAAUGUAAAUGGUUAUGUUGUAAGAAUGUUAUUGCAUUGCUGAAUAUAUUGGAAGGAUAAUGCCUGGAAGUGUCAAAAUUCA